CCUCACGGGAAGCACGUGAGCAAACUCACAUGCGAUUUCUUGCUUCCAUCCAAUUCUCCCAGAAUGAGCCAUGGUGACUCGGAAGGCAUUGGAGGAGCCGGAGGCAUAGCUUGACCGUUGCUGUUAUCACCGGCGAACCCAAAAGAGAAAGAAAAAUACCAACUUUCAUCGCAGUCUUGAAAUCUCAGCCGGCGAACCAUUUGAAGUUAAACUCUUUUCCCAUUUUUCACCCCUUGCAGAGAUUCAUAGGGAAAAUCUGAGCAGAAAGAAAUAGUAUUUUUUCAUAAUAAAGAAGGAUGAGAACAGGAAAGGGUAAUCAGGAGGACGAGGAGUACGAGGAAGAAGAGUUCAGCUCCAAGAAAGAUGGCACUUCUUCCACUGGUAACAACAACAACGCCAACAGCAAAGAUGCCAAGAACGAUGAUAAGGCUAAUGCAAUGCGAUCUAAACACUCGGUCACAGAGCAGAGGAGGAGGAGCAAAAUCAACGAGAGAUUCCAGAUAUUGAGAGAUCUCAUACCCCAUAGUGAUCAAAAGAGAGAUACGGCAUCCUUCCUAGUAGAGGUGAUUGAUUAUGUUCAAUAUUUACAAGAGAAGGUACAAAAGUAUGAGGGUUCUUACCAGGGAUGGAGUUCUGAGCCCACAAAGUUGAUGCCAUGGAGAAAUAGUCACUGGCGUGUUCAGAGUUUUGUUGGUCACCCUCAAACCAUAAAGAAUGGUUCUGGUAUGGGGUCAGCGUUUCCUGGGAAGUUUGAUGAGAAUAAUGUCUCUCUAACCCCAACCACGCUUGCAAGCAAACAGAAACCUGUAGAAUCUGAUCCUAGCAGGGAUAUCACCUGCAAAUCAAUGGAUCAACCUGAGUUAGGAAACAAGGGAUUACCUCUGCCCAUGCCUGCUUCUGUCAGAGGUGAUGGCGUGCAAGCCCAUCCUCUUGAGGGACCAGUUUCUGAUGCACUAUCAACUGAGUGUCCCAUGACUAGUGAAGCACUGAGCCAACGGGAGGAGCUGAUAAUUGAAGGGGGAACAAUUAGCAUCUCAAGCGUUUACUCUCAAGGGUUGUUGAACACUUUGACACAAGCACUGCACAGUGCGGGGGUGGACCUGUCACAGGCCAAUGUCGCAGUGCAGAUUGAUCUUGGGAAGCGUGCAGACAGAGGCAUGAUUUCUGGAACAUCCGUUGCUAAGGAUCAUGAGAAUACCCCCUCUAGCCAUCAAGCGAUGGGACAUCGAAGAGAUGCAGGCUGCAGAGAGGAAUCAGAUCAAGCUCAAAAGCGGCUAAAAACAUAGAACUAGUACUGCACUUCAUGAGUCUCCAUUUUUCUUGUUUACUUGCUUCUUUGUCAUCUCCUGGUUUUUGUACAUGCUUGUGUCUUUAGUUUUCUUAGGUUUCAACACUUUUCAUGCGACUGAUGUCCGGAAGCGUUAAAUUAUAAAUUUCUACUUCCAAGAGUUCCUUCUAAGAAAUCUGUUCGAGUGAUGCCAUUGCCUGUAUUCUGAUUGUAGCAUACCUAAUCUCAAAUGCAGCCUUCUGGUGACCAAUUUCCUGGUACAUAGGCUGGUUGCUCAUGUCUUGUAUUUUUUUUUGCUUGAGAAUGUUUCUUUUUCUCUAAACAAUUUGAACUUGACAUUCCAAAUUAAGUUCUCGUUAUAUUGAAGGUCGAGGUUGU